GACCUAACUAAGUUACUUGAAUAUACCCUGAAGUAGUCGUUCAGGAAAAUAUACGCAAAUCAUAAAGCCAAAAAGUGAUGAUGAGUAAAGAAGAGAAUCAUGUGCCAUCAGAUGAAUUUGAGCACUAUGAAAAGUUCAUAGGUGAUAAAAAAACAAGGCCAAAUAUGAGUCUACAGCAGAAAAUUGAAAUCUACGGUCUGUGGUGUGUGGCCGUCCGGGGAAAGUGUACGCAGCCAAAGCCUUCCCGCUUGCGGCCAAUUGUGUAUGGAAAGUGGUUAGCAUGGAAGAAAUACGAACAUCUUGAUAAAGAUAAGGCACGAAAGAUGUUUGUGGAGCAUGCCAAGAAGAUUCUUGGAAAGUCUAAGUUGUAAUCAAUCUUUAGUUUCAUCACAUGUGUUGGUGAUGUGUUGGGAACUUUUCUGUUCUUCAUAUAUAGUAAUAGUGACCUGCAUUUCAAAAAUACUAUAACGUCUUUUCUUUAUUUUUAAUAUGUCAAUGUUGACGAUUCUGUAGCUUUAAGAUGGACCUUGUAAUCAUUAAAAAUAUGCAGGGCUGUGAAGCAAGCAAAAUAUGGGAAUACACCAAAGACCAUCUGAAUCCAAGUGAAGAUUCUCUCGAAUUCUUAAUGCUUUGUAACUAGUAUUUUUUAAUACAUCUAACGAUGUUUGUAAUGUGCCAGAAAUUAUUAACAUGACGAUACAAUGGACUUCUUAGACAUAAUAUUU